AAUCAAGGGCUCAGAAUGUACUCGUCGCAGACUGGGUCCAUAUGGUCACUAGUGGAGAAAGGAUCCUAUACUCCUGAUGCUGACAAGCCUGCAGCGGGCGGCGGUAGGCGACUCCUCCUCCCUCCCAGGCCUUCCAGCCUCCUGCGCACGCGCACAGCCUCGUGCAGACCCCCGCGGGCCGGCUGGAGAGGGGCGGGGCUCCGGGGCGCGUGCGCGGCGACCUGGGCUGCGGGCCCCUCCCUUGGCGGAGGCGCGCGGCGCGGAGGACCGCACGGAAAGGGGGAAGUCAGGUGGCCGCUGCCGCCGCCGCCGCCGCCGCCACGGUUUGUCGCCAGAAGGAAAAUGGCGGAUCUGGAGGAGCAGUUGUCUGAUGAGGAGAAGGUGCGUAUAGCAGCAAAAUUCAUUAUUCAUGCCCCUCCUGGAGAAUUUAAUGAGGUGUUUAAUGAUGUUCGGUUACUGCUUAAUAAUGAUAAUCUUCUCAGGGAAGGAGCAGCUCAUGCAUUUGCACAGUAUAAUUUGGACCAGUUUACUCCAGUAAAAAUUGAAGGUUAUGAAGAUCAGGUAUUGAUAACAGAACAUGGCGACUUGGGAAAUGGAAAGUUUUUGGAUCCCAAAAACAGAAUCUGUUUCAAAUUUGAUCACUUAAGAAAGGAAGCGACUGAUCCAAGACCAUAUGAAGCAGAAAAUGCAGUUGAAUCAUGGAGAACUUCAGUAGAAACUGCUCUGCGAGCUUAUGUAAAAGAACAUUAUCCAAAUGGGGUCUGCACUGUAUAUGGUAAAAAAAUAGAUGGACAGCAAACCAUUAUUGCAUGCAUAGAAAGCCAUCAGUUCCAAGCAAAAAACUUUUGGAAUGGUCGUUGGAGGUCAGAGUGGAAGUUUACAAUCACUCCUUCAACCACUCAAGUGGUUGGCAUCUUGAAAAUUCAGGUUCAUUAUUAUGAAGAUGGUAAUGUUCAGUUAGUGAGUCAUAAAGAUAUACAAGAUUCCCUAACAGUGUCUAAUGAGGUGCAGACAGCAAAAGAAUUUAUAAAGAUUGUAGAAGCUGCAGAAAAUGAAUACCAGACCGCCAUCAGUGAGAAUUAUCAGACAAUGUCGGACACUACUUUCAAAGCCUUACGUCGACAGUUGCCAGUUACACGCACUAAGAUCGAUUGGAACAAGAUCCUUAGCUACAAGAUUGGCAAAGAGAUGCAGAAUGCAUAAGAUGAACACUGCAUGACCGGAUCAUUUUAGUGUCUUUGCGUUUUAAAAAAAAUCAUUGCAAAAGUAUUCAGAACUGUCAGGCUACCCAGUCAGGUGGGCUGUUGCCAUUUAAAAUCACUGUAAUUAAUUAGUUUGGUUAGAGCACAAAGCUUAGCUAAUCAACCAUUAUUUUUUUCAUUUCUUUUGUUCACAGAGGAUUGAAAAUCAGUUAAGUUUAAAUGUCUUUUACUUUCUGUUAUACCUAUCUUUCUUACAAUUAAGAGAUGAUUCCUCUAGUUUAAUGUUAAAAGUUUUUGAAGUUUUCAAAAAUAUUUUACUUAUCGUAACCCUAAAAUUAUUGUCUUUUGGUUUAUGAAGUGGGUAACUUUUGAUAUUUGCCCAGUUCUUUUUAAUGGGGUCAAUAAUGGACAUUCUAGUUUAAGGUGGUUGAUGGAUUUAGCCAUAUAUGCUGCUAAAGAAAUUGUCUACCUUUUCCCCCUCACCUCUUCCAUUUAUGUAAGAUUGAGAUUAGAGGGAAAGCAUUUUCUAUAUCAAUUGUGUUUGAACCUUUCAAGAAGGUUAUUUAGCUAGCUUAGUGUUUAACUAAACUUUUUUUAAACGAGGCCAAGGUCUAAUGCUGUUUUGAGAUUCUGAAAUUAAAUGAAAAUACUUAUUUCAGAAAUGCAUUUAAUGCUUCUUUUCUUGUGACAGUUACGCGAAUUAGCUUGAAUUCCAUAUGUCCCUGAGUUAUUUUUAUCAUAAAGCCACAAAUGUAUUAUAACAAGGCAAAUUGUAAUAUAUAUAAUCCUGAACUCAU